CGCCUUACGAUGAAUGCUGUGCCGUCGCAACAGCCUUGACGACCGUGGCCUUGUACUUCCGCCGCAAUUCCAGAGGCAUUUUGGAUCAGCCUCACUAGGAUAUAACGACCCCAACACCAGAAAAUAUCACGAUUACGAUAAAUCAAGAACCAUUGGAUAAAUACUGCCGCCCACUCCCACUCGGAGACGACCGGACAAGCUUGGAAAGUCGGACAUCAGAUUUCGAGAGCAGGAAUCUUGAAAGACAGCGCCGUCCCUACAAGAGACUAGUCGUGUCACGUUCCACGCCCUACCACAAGAGUCCUUGGAAAGCUAGGCUUACGGUCUUUGGGCUGUUGUAAAGAGGUGGUACAGACAGGCGAUACAUCCGACGGAGAAUACCAAGUCCCGUUGAUCUGGGGCACAGUGGUUACUGUCUGACAGGAGGCCGGCCGGCUACUUGCAGUCGGCCCUGUGAAUGACAUCUCAGGCGAUACAGACAUGCCUAGAGCCUCGGGUCUCCCGUUUCUCAACCUGUCCCCGAAAAACAAUGAAGAUCUCAACGGCUUGACUCCCGCGACCCUGAGUCCGCGGUCGACGGGCUCUCCCCAUACUCCAGGUUCGGCACCGGGAUCUCCAUAUCUACAAGGCCCGCCAACGCCUGCGUUGAUGAGUCCCUUACCUGCAUCUCCUGAUGGCAGAAAUGAUGGUUAUCGGUCGGGACCUACUUCCCCCAGAUUCACAGCGAUGCCCGAAUUUCCUCCUUCGCCAGUACCACAGUCCCCAAAGCACGGACGGGACAUGUCAAAGGGGUUUUUCUCGAAUUUUAUGGCUAGCAAAUCCUCUCACAAACUACAGCCCUCUGAAGCCAACAUCCAGGAAGAUGCAGAAAAGGUGAACGUGGAGAAGGUGAAUGCAAGGAGUAGGACAAGCUCGAAAGACAGAUCGCUGCAUUCGGUGAAGAAACAAGAGUCGACUCCAGAAUUACCACAACUUGGACAGGUCAAUGGUUCCACCAACAGUAUCAAUCCUAGUGUAGCAGAACCUACCAUUCAACGAAACCCGCCUGAGAUCAACCAAGGCCACAGAAAAGCAAGGUCAAAAUUUGGAGGUAUUCUCGCAAGAACAAAAACCGUUAGGCUGGAGGAUACCACGACCCGACAGAGAAGUAUAGUCCCAAGCCAGCUUCAACUCGAGACGAAACCCAACACUCGUGAGCAACUCGAGCCGUCACCAAAGACCGCUCCGCUCAAAUCGGAUUAUCGCGACAAAGUCCUGGGAAAUGAGGGUGGCAUUGCCAUAAGGAAUCGCUCAGCAGAUCGACAAAUCCGAGAAGAGUCUGGCUUUGGCAGAAGAGACCGUCAGAAUAACACUGUCCCUCUGUCAUCCUCCCAUUCGUCUUCUUUCAGAGAAGGCUCAACCCUACAGAUCUUGUCCAACAUAGGACAUACUGGAAAAGGCAUGGGUGACCGACUUGGUAAGGCCGGUAAAGGUUUCCUUGGCAAGAUCACAAGAAGUGGAAGCAGCAAUGAGCAUGAGCCCCUUACCGAUGACAGUUACGUGUGUACCACCAUCAAUCUGCCCCUGGUCAAGCAAACUCGCAAGACUAGGAUCGCACGCCGUUUGGAGUUGUCUAAGGACAAGACGGAGUUUUGGAUGCCUGCUCUUCCAUGGCGAUGCAUCGAUUAUCUGAACAUGAAUGGCUCUGAAGAAGAGGGUCUUUACCGAAUUCCCGGAAGUGGACGAGACGUCAAACAUUGGCAACGACGAUUUGAUACCGAGUACGACAUCAACCUCUUUGACGAGCCGGACUUGUACGAUAUCAAUACAAUCGGAUCCAUGUUCAAGUCAUGGUUAAGAGAAUUACCUGAAGAGAUCCUUCCCAAGUCUAUCCAGAACAAAGUCGCCACUCAAUGCGCAGGCGCAACAUCAGCGCCUCAGCUUAUGAAGGACGAGCUUUCUAGGCUGCCACCAUUCAACUAUUACCUCCUUUUCGCGAUCACCUGCCAUUUGAGUCUACUUCACAGCUAUGCCGACAAGAACAAGAUGGACUAUCGAAAUCUGUGCAUCUGCUUUCAGCCAUGUCUGAAGAUUGAUGCUUUUUGUUUCCAGUUUCUAGUUAUGGACUGGACGAACUGUUGGCAAGGAUGCUGGACGGAGAAGGAAUAUCUCGAGGAGGAAUACAGGUAUGAACGCGAGGGGUCUGUCAACGAAAGUGAGGAUCUUGCCGUGGACGACAGAGCCAUCUCGUCCAGUGGCAGCAGUCAACAACAAGCGCCCGCGCCAGCGCCUCCUCGAAGCGCAGACGCGGUCGCUCAACGAAAGUCGAUGGCGCCGAAGACGAAGCAAAGGAGUCUAUCUUCAGGAGCAAGUGGUAGAGACAGAUCCGACAGCGGGCAUGCAACCGCCCAAAGUGUGCCCGCUGUGCCACGAGUGACCACACCAGAGCCUCCGAGAGUGUCCCUCGAGCAGAAGCUACCGGAGUUGACUGGGCUCUCACCAAUCAGGAUGUAAGCUGGAUUGUUUUACUGUUCAUUACGAUACCCUUUUCUUUUCUGCUGUGGGAAGACGCGGCCGGGAAUGAUGAAUAUAGGUGUUCAUUGAGGUGAUGCAUGUGCUGA